AUGGCGACGAACGGAGAAGCUGCACCAAAGACGGCUGGCACGUCCUCACAAGCUGCCGCCCAAGGCAAUGGGACAACACCUCAAUCGAAGAGUGGUCUCGUUCCCACUAACAAUGUUACCAUCAAGGAUGGGAUGACCGUCCGGACACGCAUUGAGCCCACCCUUCCAGUGGACGAUGUCAUCCGCCAGCUCUGCGUCAGUCUUCAAAUACAGGAGAGGCCGACUAUGUUCGCUCUCAGAGAUGAGAACGGCGAGCUGGUGACGAAUGACAACAUGAGGAAGAAGAUUAAGGGGAAGGCGAACCUCAGGUUGGUCAAUGCUCCGGCCAUUGAAGCAGCUGAGAUCGUGGAGCGGCUCAUGUCGAAAGACGCGAAACUGGGACUGGCAUUGACGGCCUUGCGGAAGUAUAUCAAGGCAAAGCAAUUCGCGGACGAGUUUCUCAAGCGAGAUGGUUUGGGAGAACUGAUCUCGGUCAUCAACAGCACGCAUGGCAACCAGCUAGCAUAUGCCUUGACAGCGAUGCAAAACCUAUUGGAGCUGGACCACGGCUGGGACUCACUCGAUGACGCCUUCAUUCUCAAGAUUGUCCAAAUUCUCUCGUCAAAACAGUCCCUCAUCAAUGUCUGCCGACCAGCAACUGCCAUCCUCAAGAAGCUUGUCGAGGCUUCACCUGCAUGUGGCCCUACCGCCCAUCUCGCGAGUAGCAGCAGAGGGCCGCCUGUACCACCGCCAGGGUCGGUAUAUAGGUAUGGCUUCGAUGCCGUCUUCGAGCAGAUGCGCAAGGAGACGCGGUUGCUGGAGACAGUGGUGGACCGUCUGGGGAGCGCAGACACAACCAUGGCGCUGUACAGCAUGAUGCUUAUAAACUCCCUCCUGGCCAAUGCAACGGAUACGCACUGGGACGAGUUCACGUCAGCGCUCGAACGGCUGAACGUGCGCAAGGCCGUCAUCCGCCUCAUGUCGUCGCACACCAUCGAAGACCUCACCUCAUGCAUCCUUGACUUCCAAGCCAACAUGAUGCGCGUGACGUACAGGAUGAAGUCGACGCUGGUCGAGCCGGACCUCGAGGACUCACACGCCGCCGCCCUGAAAUACAUAUGGACCAGCAGCAAGGUCGAUGAGGAGGUCAUCAACGUCGACAUUUACAAGUGGCGGAAGAUUGGGCUGGACAGUGAGGAUAUCACGCAGGAGUUCCGGGAGGUAGGCGUACUCGGAUUGCAAUGCCUGAGACACUUCGUCGCCAAGGAUCCCGACUACUGGACCAAGGUCGUGCAAGAACAGCUCAGUAGACCAGAGGAGCGAAGAUGCCCGAUCGCUAAAGCCUCACAUGAGGUGACCGAUCUGCUCUCGGAACACUGGGCGAUCUACGCCCCAGGAUACUCGACGUCGACGACCUUCCAGCCGUUCUUCCUGAACUUCUACAGGGUCCAUGCGCUAGCUACGCAAUUCUUCCUCCGCAUGUGGAACGAGAGCGGCGCCUCGAGGGGCGACUUCCCGAGGCUCGUCGCGCUCACGCGUAGCCAAGUGAAGGUGGCGCUCCGACGGGAGAAUGAGCGACCGUGGCACGAAGUCGAGCAGGACUUCCUCGAGAGCGAGUACCGCGCUGUGCGCGACCGGCAAAUGCAGGAGCUCGAGAUGGAGGACGACAUCAUGGCGAAGGUGCCCAUGCGUAACCUCCGGGCGAAGCUGUACAAGGAGUCCGCAGAGUUUGUUAGACAGCAACGGAUGCACUGUCUCCUCGAGGGCGCGUGGUUCAUGAAUGCCAUGCCCGUGAUGUCUGGCAUCUCGCGGGAGACGAUCCGGCGUCCCACGCUGCCCUGGCGGUUCAUGCGGCUCGACAACGGCCUCAAGUACCUGCACUACGUCGACAGCCAGGUGAAGUUCUAUGUGCGCAAGGGGUUCGAGGACCUGCCGGACCGGAUCGACCUCUCGAUGGUGUCCGAGAUCGCGACGGGGACGUGCGUGCCGUACGGGAACCAGCUGCGCGACGUCGACAUGGCCGCGAUGCCCACGUCGCCGCUCGCCGCCUCGCCGCUCUCGUUCUCGCUCCUCAGCGCGGGCAGCACGUCCCUCGCGGACCAGAUCGCGACGGACCUGGACCGGUGGGCGGACUGGACGGACGGCCUGAAUAUGCUCCGCAAGGACGGCGCGCAUGUCGCGUCGCGCGAGACGGAGAGCUUCAUCCAGGCGUUGACGGAGAUUGGGCUGAAGAUCAAGCUGCUCGAUUUGACGGGCGAGAAGGUGGAUAUACCGAGCGGCCUUGUGAUGGGGAACCCGCCGACGAACUGCGAUUUCUUUUUCUCUGACCUAUGAUACUCAAGGAUGAAGCGCUAAUGACUUACCCCUGUUGGUUGUUCGACAUGCCCGACACCUACGCUGAGCGGAUGCAGCUCGAGGUGCUGCUGCCGCGUCGUUGAUCUGGCUCGUUUGUAUAUUUUAUUGUAGCAUCUACGUGUCAAUUAUUGAAUUCGGUUGUC